GGCAAGCAUGGGUUGCUGAAGACCUAUUCUACCCCGGAUCUUCACGAGUCUCUGCUACACCCUUGGGUGUCGAGGAUGGUUUAAGUCUACUGCCGUGCACGUGCAUGUGUGUUUCAGAUGCGUAUGUUGGAGAGCUGGUGGACAGACUGACCACGUGUGGCGCGGAGGUGGAGGUGCUCGUGUACUCCGUCCCCGAACUGACCAGCAGACACCAGUGGCGACAGACGCUGACCUAUGUUCACAAGCUGCUGCAUCAGAGUGGGGUCUACUUCCUGCUUGCCGGAACCCGGGCCACCGCCAUGAACACACUAGCUCGGGUAAAUUCGUUCGACCGCGGAUCAGAUCGGACAACUAACUUCCGACACCUCUCUCACUGGCUGGUGCUGACUGAUGUCUCCGCCCCUCAGAGGCUCCUGCCAGCCGUAGACAGUUUGGAGAACGUGGUACUGGUGGCUCUUCCUACCCAGCAUCAGAGGAUUGCCAGGAUUGGGGAGUUGGUGGAUUUCCUUGGAUCUGGCAUUGGUGCACGUUUCAACCUGACAUCCCAGGAACUUAAAGGCAAGAGUGACACAGAGCUUAAAGAGGAUGUUGUCGGAUACAUUAAGAAAUUGCUUGAUGACCACAAGGACACCCUGAACAUGUAUACCCUGACGGAGGUGCGACAUAUGGCGAGGUUUGCCAGGGUACACGCAAAGGACAUACCACACAGCGGUCUCGGGAACAAGCUUUUUCCCAAUAAGAAGUACAAGUGGAACGGCGUUCGUCUUCUCAUAUCCACAAAACCGUGGCCGGGUUACGUUGAGAAGAGCACGGUGGCAAACAAGACCGCCUACAGCGGGAUGUGCAUUGAUCUUCUGCACUCUAUGGUGGAUGCAGUCAAUUUCACAUACACAAUUGAGGAGGUGGAAGAUGGGGAAUGGGGGGCCCUUGUGAAUGGGUCGUGGACAGGACUUGUUCGUCAGCUGAAGGACAGGGUAAUAGACAUCGCUCUCGCCGACAUCGGUAUCCACGCCAGUAGAGACGCCGUAAUGGACUUCAUCUACCCCGCAUACAAAACCGAGGACAUUGACAUUCUCUACCGUCUCCACAACGAGACCGACCUGAGUCUCAAGGACCUGACCACGCCAUUACAACCAAUAGUCCUGGUCACCAUUGCCGUCUGUCUCGGCGUUGUCACCGUGCUGUACGUCGUGGUGGAGUAUGCAGACAUCUUGCUGGAGACGAGGUGGAGGCCGAGGCAACUUCCGGUCCUGCUGUGGAAAGCAGUGUGGUACAUGCUUGGGUCCAUUUUGUCACAAGGUGGGUCGUUGCGGGCGAGGUCGUGCAGUGGCCGGAUGCUGGUGUCGUCGUGGUGGUUGUUCUGUUUAGUGUUCGCCGCCAUGUACAACGCCAAUCUCACCGUGUCCUUCUGUGUACAGCGCACGGUCACCCCCUUCAGCUCGCUGGAGGAAAUGCUCCGCACCAGCGACUACACGUGGGGAAUGUUCAACGGAUCCAUCAACACUCUGCUGUUUGGAACAUCAAGGAACCCCUUAUUCAAAGAGACAUAUAAGCGGAUGAUGGAGUUCACCAAGACAGACCCUGGCGUCCUGAGCAAGGACCUUGAUUCCCAGCUGCACAGGGUCAUCAACAGCAAAUACGCCUUUAUCUCCAGUAGGAACACACUGAAGGUCAUGGUGGAAAGGGCUCCAAAGGGCGUAGUGCUCACCACUGUGGGGGAGACCAUACACCCAUCAGGGGUGGCGCUGGGGGUGCCAACUGACUCGCCGCUCCUUCCCGAGCUUGAGUGGGUAAUGAGAAACAUCCAAGAAACUGGUAUCAUGCAGCACUGGGACAGCCAGUAUUGGAACACGACUCCGAAAGCCACAGCUGCCUUUAGACUAGGGGGAGAACCAUUGCCUCUCACAAAACUUACCAGUAUUUUCUUAAUUACUGGCUUUGGUCUUUCUACAGCUUUGUUUGUGUUAGUAAUUGAAUCAGUGUUUCAAAAAAUACUCACUAAAGCAAGAAAAAAGUGAA